CUUGAAGGUCGGCCGCUAGGGGGCCCGAGUGAGCGGACGCGUUUAUUAUCGGCUCCGCCAAUUUCUGGUUCCUGUGCCCAGCUAAGUCCUUUCUAGGACCCACCAAGGCCCUCAACGGAUCCUGGAAGGUUCACGGACCCCAAACGCUACCAUCUUUUGGAUGUGUCCAAUGACCUCGGUGAGCUACCUGAUGAAAAUGUCUCUGGCAGCCACGCCGCUGCGCUAAGCCUCGCCUCGUCGAGGCGAGCCUCGCCGGUGCGCCGCGUUCCUCACUCCCCAACAGCCAUGGAGGAGCCCGUGGAUGGAGAGACCUCGAACCCGUCGGACUGCCACCCUGGUGAGUGGAAAACUGUGCUCCAUGCAUACCGUAAUCGGACCACGGAUUCGAAUUCGCCCCCAAAACACCCGGUAUCGGCCACCGUUCAACCUAAACCAAGCGCCAGCAACGCCGGCGCGCCACCGGACGCUGCAUCUGGGAACAAACGAAGCGCGUUCAAGGAGACGCCACAGCUCCUACGCAUGACGCGCGUCGUCGUCCAUAGAAGCAAGCAACUCGCCGCACUGCCGGCGGGUACCAUCAGAGUAGUCUUUCGCCCGCGAGGCGGCCUCUCCCUGGAGAAGAUCCCGGCUCCCAGUAUCCUGCAGGCACUUCACUCGACCCUCAGCUGCUCCGUGAUAGGCGAGUUGCACAUAAGGAUCCAUCCAACUAACAACACCUUUACAGUGGCGACGGUAGCGGAGGCAACAGCUCUCGCUUUGGUCAAAAUCCAGCAAAUUACCUUAGAUGGACUACAAUACCCGGUAGCCGCGUACAUCGCGGCCCCUCCAGCGGCAGUCAAGGGCGUCAUUUCCCGGGCCUACUGGAACGAGACACCAGAACAAAUCCUAACUGACUUACAAUACAGAAACCCGGACGCUAACAUUAUAGCGGCCCGACGCAUGGGUAAAACAACGUCCAUCUUAAUAACUUUUGCCUCAGGUCCCGUGCCUCACACAAUUAAAUAUAUGUGUGUGGUACACCGCUGCACCAAAUACCAGGGAAGCCCCGAUGCCUGCACAAACUGCAGGAAGCCUGGACACAGGUACGACGUGUGCCCUCUCCCGAAGGCUGGACUGUGCCCGCGGUGUGGCGAGAAGCACACCCCUCAAGAGACCCCAUGCACGCCAAGCUGCAUUCUUUGUGGUGGUUCCCACCUUACCGGUACCGGCUCGUGCAAAGCCAGGACCCCUCCACCUCGUAGACAGACCGCGUCGAAACCCAAGCAACCAGUGCCCACGCCAAAGGACUUUCCACCGCUAGUGUCUCAUCAAGAUCGCCAGCGAGCCUGGACCAAGCCCACCAGUACACCCCAAACCUCACAGCGGGAGGAAGAGAUAGCUCUCCUGCGGGAAGAGGGACAGCCCGCCAUCGGUACAUGGGAGGAAUGGGAGGCCCUCCUUGCGUCGCAGGACCCGGACGCGCAACUUCGCUGUGUGAACCGGGGUGCCAGUGCCAUGGCCCUACGUGGCCUGGACACAUGCGCGUAAUGUGAGGGCUGUGCGGUGGCCCUGAGACCUUGUACGGUCCAAACUCACUUGCUUAAUAAAGUUUUCCAUCCAUCCAUCCACUCUUGA